AUGGUGGGACUCACGCAGGGGGGAACGCCCAAUGUGAUCCGUCCACUUCCGGCGGAGGCGGGCUCUGCCUCUGUCCCGUCCUCCUCUGUGCCUGACCCCCCCGGGCCGGCAUUCCACUUGGUACGCUCCAAAAUGGCGUCCCCCGUGAUGCGGUGUGGGGUGCAACUGGCUCGAAGGAUCUCAACGUCUCGCCUUUCCCUUGCAGGUAAAAGAUGCCUGCUUUCUGCAGCGUACGUGGACAGCCACCCGUGGGAAGCCAGAGAGAAGGAGCAGUGCCACCUGGCUGACCUCGCAUCCUCAAUGGACAAAGCAUAUGAAAGAAAGUUGCCUGUUAGUUCCUUGUCAAUAUCACGGUUUGUGGACAACAUUGCAUCCCGAGAAGAUAUAGAUUCUGCAGAGUACUAUCUUUACAAAUUUCGACACAGUCCCAACUGCUGGUACCUAAGAGACUGGACUAUCCACACCUGGAUUAGACAGUGUCUGAAAUACGGUGCACAAGACAAAGCCUUGUAUACCCUUGUUAAUAAGGUUCAGUAUGGAAUUUUUCCAGAUAACUUUACAUUCAAUUUGCUGAUGGAUUAUUUCAUAAAGAAAGAAAAAUACAAAGAUGCUUUAUCUGUGGUUUUUGAGAUCAUGAUGCAAGAAGCCUUUGAAGUCUCAUCCACCCAGUUUCUCUCCCUCUACGUUUUGUACCGUUGCCUAGCAGAGAAGACAGACCUCACGUGGGAAGAAGAGAGGAACUUUGGUGUGUCACUAUUGCUUCCGGGCCUGAAACAAAGGAACACAGUGGGCUUGAGUUCCCAGCUGUAUGGCUAUGCACUUCUUGGGAAGGUGGAACUGCAGCGCGGGCUGCGGGCUGUGUACCACGACAUGCCUCUGAUGUGGACCCCAGGCUACCUUGACAGAGCCCUCCAAGUGAUGGAGAGGGUGACCGCCUCCCCUGAAGAUCUGAAGCUCUGUAGAGAAGCGCUCGAUGUGCUGGAGGGAGUCCUGAAGGCAGUGACGUCUCCAGCUGGCCAGGCUUCAGAGACCCAGCCCCAGGAAGCUGAGGACGGCUUGGACUCAGCCAACCUGGUGGAGCAGUUAGACACUGAGGAACCAGAGCAGUGCAAGCUUCCCCGGUACCUGGAGCGGUUUCAGGCCUCUCAGUCUAAACUGCAGGAGCUGGGCAGAGUUGAGGCCGAAAGUCUUUUGACUCUGACCACCCAGCUUGUAAAAGAAAAACUCCCCACCUGUGAGGCAGAGGACCUGGCUGUUUAUGAGCAGAAACUGCGUGAGUGGCACCUGGAGCGAGUGCAGUUGAUCCAGAGGGAACAGGAGCAGAAGGAGAAAGCGAAGCAAGAAUACCAGGCGCGGAGUGCAGCAAAGACUGCAGCCUGAAGGGCCACGGCCAUGGCAGCAUUCAGCACUCACGGACAGGAUGGGCCUCUGCUGCCCAGCUCUUCCUUUUCUUACAGGAAACCCUGCAGAGCCUGAAAGCCAGAUGAGCUAUAUGUCAAGACUGCAUAUCCAGAUGUCAGGGGCCAGGAAGCUAAGAAAGUGGCAAAUGGUUGGGGUUGAAGCCUCCAGCUAAAUCUCUUAUAUGGCCUUUCAAGGCUCACAGUGGAGUCCUGAGCACAGAGUGUGAAAAGUUCCCAGCAUCUGGUGAGGGUCUUGGGAGAGGCUAUAGUUGAGGAGUCUGGUCUGCUGCACAGGUGUUUGAGUGAUUCCAAGCCCUGCCCAGGCCCAUGGGGCAGUGAGCUUUACAUCCUAAUGUUGUUAAACCAAGAACCACCCACAGUUCAGAGCCAGGUGCUGCCCCAGCCUACCUCCAGUUGACUCAACGCCACAGGCCUCAU